AAAAUAAAAAUCAAUUUUAUUCAAACAGAGUGUCAGCACAUUUUUAUUGCGCUCUCAGUGAGUUAUCUAUGUUUAGUGAGACGGAGUGAGAAAGGAAGGAAUUGGCUAUUUUUGCCGUGAGGUUUUGGCUAAACGUUCUACCGUGACAAAAAUGGAAUAAAUCACAUGAAUACGACUCAUUUCUCCAACAACGUGGACAUCGAGCAAAUGUCAUGCUUGCCCGUGUAGCUCGUAGCUCAUAUGGACGUCAGCUGGUACUGACAACGUACAAGUGUCUCUUAGAUGUGAGUCCAACCACAGUACCUGGACUGCUAAGACCGCGAUUGACACCUAUCCUUCGUCGUGAAUACCAACAAAGACGUAGUGGAAGUUCUACAGAUGCGACUGCUGCUCGAAAUAUUUGGAAUAAGCUUUUCGGAAAAUAUUUGUUAGCCACUAAUAUCCUUAGCUCUGGUAUUUUAAUGGUGAUUGGGGAUUUGGUUGCGCAAGAGAUUGAGUAUCGACGUCAUUACAGAGAUGUGGACGAGUUUGACAUCAAACGUGAGCGAUAUGAUACCAAACGUAUUUGGCGAAUGUUUUUUGUUGGAGCUUUACAAGGACCGCUUCACCAUUAUGUUUACAAAUGGAUGGAUCACGUGAUGCCAGUGGCAAACAUGCGGAACAUUUUGCGAAAAAUACUUAUUGACCAAGUUUUUAUGUCUCCUGCUUGUAUAUUGAUAUUCUUCUAUUCGGCUUGCUAUUUGGAACAUAGAUCGGUUGACGAGACUAAUACGGAAUUGUGUGAUAAAUUUCCGAUUAUUUAUCUUAUGGAUUGGACAGUGUGGCCAGCGGCACAAUAUAUUAAUUUUAGAUAUUUGGAUACCAAAUAUAGAGUAAUGUUCGUUAAUGUUUGUACGGCACUUUACAACAUAUUCCUUUCGUAUAUGAAACAUGAUUUUUAAUUUAUAUGUUGAAUCAUUUGAUUUUUUGUGAUAUAGAUAUGUUGUGAUCAUUGUUAAUAACACGAUCUAGUGUUAUAUUAUUACAAGCACAAUUCGAUAUAAUUUAUGAAGUAAUGUAAUGCUAUUACAAUAUCGUGAAACGUUUUCUUUAAUUGAAUGUAGUUUGUAUGCGAUCCGAAUAUUAAAAUACUUUUGGGUUAAACAGAAAUAUAGUUCGUAGAAGAA